UGGAAAAGCUGUAAAAAUGAUACAGGACAGUGAAAAUUCUGAAUUAGCAACCCGUAUUGCUGACUUCAAAAGCGAUCCGGAGAAACUCCGCGAGGCCUCUGAGUUUGUAGAACAACUGAUUCAGCAGGCAAAGAAAGAGGCAGAGAUAAAACAUAAAGAGAAAGAGAGAAACAAAUUCGAGUCGCAGGAGUCGGGCUCAAAUAAUGUAAAAAGGCGCCUUGGUCGGGCUAGAGGUUUUGUUUUACGAAUGUUUGACGCACUCUGCAAUUGUACGCAGACUGCAGCCGCUGCCGCACGCACACACGCAAGGAACAACCCAUUUACAAAACGUUAGACGCACAAUCAAUUGUUAGAAAACCAAUUCAAAACUAUAGGUAUGAAAACCAGAUCAAGUAUUGGCUGACACGCAAAUAAUAGUAGGAAUUAUAUAAAAUUGGCGGAUAAUCGCUUGCCUAUGAAGAAAAUAAUCAAUGAAAUACAUAAAUAAAUAAGAGGACAACAUAAAGAGUCGAAGCGUUAUAAGAUAUGAUGAAACCCGCCAAUACUAGAAAUAUGUUCUAUUAAAAAACAAUGUAUUUCUUAAACUCAUUCGCCUUGGAAUACUCCGCCAUGUAUUACGACGACGAAUUCUAGUGGAAUAUAAAACCAGCUGGAAAUUUUUAUGGGAAACCAUAUUGUACCGGGAUUGCUUGCAACUAUAAUUACUUUGAUGAUUGUCGAAUACCUACUUUGCAUACUUAAUAGGUAAUAACCAAAACGCAGGCACAACGUGGAUGUUAAGGAAUGUAUUAAGUUAUGUAGUCAGUAGUCUUCCUACACCUAAUUUGUGUUAAUGUGAUACCCCAUAUAUUAGAUAAGUAGAUAUACAUAUACGCUUAUAUAUGUAGGUAUCCAAUUUCAUAUCAAUGUUUAAUUGGUGUGGUGAUUAUAUGAAUUUUCAAGAGAUUCUGACUUAUUAAAAAACUUAUCAGGUAAUUUCCUCAUUACAUAUAUUUUCUAAUGUGACUUUAAGUACACAUAUAAGAAAGUACAUAUGUAACAUUUAUAACGUAAUAAUGAUUAUGUGACCAAAAAACUCUCGUUUAAGCUUACAGACCGCUCUUUGGCCCAGUCGGAAUUUUCCUGUGUAGACUACAACAGCUAUAAAGUUGUCACUUGUACUGCUUAAACAAAUGUAGAACUAUUGCAAAUUGAUAACCAAAUGCGCCAAAUGCUGAUAAAUUCAGAGACAAUUAUAGCGUGAACUAACUGUUAUAUGACAGUUCAUGCCAAAAAUUGUCUCUGAUUUGCCAGUGUGAUGUAGGCUUAGGCUUGUGUAUAAUUAAUUAGUUUUAAAUAUGUACUUAUUAUAUGUACGUAGUUGAGAACUCCAAUUUAUAUAGCACUAGUAAUGAUAUAUAUAAUAAAACGUGUCUAAAAUCUCAUAUAAAGAAACAAACCUAUUCUUAUAUCUGAAUAAUAUCUUCUUUUAUACAAUGACUGCAAUAUUAAGAACUUACCUAUAUAUUUCGAUAGUUUUAUUCAGGGUUAAGACAUUUUAUACCUAAUAUGGACUUAUUGAUGUUUAGAUUUAAGACUAAUUUGAGCACAAUUGUAAUAUAGUUUUGUUAGUGUAUGAAGGGUUAUGAAAUUUUGAAAAUAUAUUACUUUUCCGGCAAAAAUUACGUUUGAAAUGAGGUAAUACGUUUUUGAACAUCUAUAUACAGUGUAAACUUCAUGUAACGUCAGUCAAUUUAACGACGAAGUCACUAAAGCGUCGAAAGCGCUGCGCAGCUUUGUACGUUCUUUUGUUGCUUUAUUUUCCUAGCCCGUAAUAAACUCGACCGUCGGCAUCAUACAUACGAACUUUCUAAGAAAUUCGUUCUUUCGUUUACAAAUUGGGAUUACUUGCACAUGUAGACUGUUGUUGACCAUGACUAAUAAGUAGGAGUCAUGGAUUAUCUAUGCCGUUUUCUUAUCUCCAUUUAUCGAAAGCUCUCUAUAACGCCAUAAAAUGCACAGUCUUUCAAUGUCGUUUAAUAUAGAGUUUACACUGUAUUUGUAAAGCAUAAUUGCAACAUGAGUCUUCUAUUUUAUUUUAAUCGACCCUAAACAAUGUUUAAAGAAACGAUUGUAAAGAAACGUAUCUACUAAUUAAAUAUACCUUUGAUGUGUAGAUAAAUCCGAUUAAAUAAAGAUCGCCUGAGUUGAUUAUUGUAAGUGUUUACUGACAAUGAAAUACUGAGUAGUAGGAGACAAAAACUUACUGACCGUGAAAACGUAAAAAAAGACAAUCAGUAAAAAUAUAUAUAAAUUGUGCACACAAUAUUAGCUAUUCGAAUCAUAAUAUCUACCUCGAUUUAAAAUUUUGUUUUCUCUAAACCAUUUAAUUAAAAUCCAGAAAAAUUCAAUACAAAAUGUGUGCAAUAUGUCCUUGACGAUAAAUCGUCUAAAGAUAUGAAAUUGUAAACCAGGAAGACAGUGAAUUGAAAUCAUUCGAUUUUAAUGGAACAAUACACGUUUCCCUAAAUCUCUAUAAAAGUUUGCGAAACUUCACUUCGUAUCGACGAUAAAAGUAAUGAUUUUUGGCUAACGUAAGAAACGUUUUCAUUGUUUGUGGACAGCUCUUAGACUUUCUUAGAUAAGUUCUAGAAAUGAAUGUUAGGAUUACGUUUACGAAGACUCAAAGAUUGGUGUAUUAAAAUGAAUGUUAAAUGUGAUAUCCUGCCUCUAACUUCCCAUGUGAUCUGACCUGCGAAUUCUUCUAUCUAAUAAAUA